AUGGGUAGCGUCGACAAAAACCUGAAGGCGAUCAUAAUCGGCGCCGGUAUGUACUCAACUCCUCGUCCCAAGAGACGCUCAUUAACAUACAAAGGCCCUGCCGGGUGCGCGCUCGCUCACGGUCUCAAGAAAGCUGGCAUCUCGUUCAACAUAUACGAUAAAGGUGACGAUGUCUACAGAAAUCGUCACUGGGCUUUCACGUUGGGUUGGGCACGACCGUACCUUUUCGAUCUCAUUCCAGAAGAACUCAGCGCGCAGAUCAACUCAUGUCAAGUAGACCCGUACACCGACUGCGCGGCAAUCGGCGAAGAUCGGAUCGUCAUCUACAACGGCCAAACGCGAGAAGAAGCGUUUGCUUUCCCAAUCCCGAAAGCACGGGAGAUCAACAUCCGAAGACUGCGCAUGCUGUUAGCGGAGCGACUGGAUGUCAGAUAUAGCAAGAGCUUCUCGCACUACGAGAAUAUCGAGAACGGCCAGGUGAAGAUUCAUUUCGAGGACGGCUCAACCGAUGAAGGCGACAUUCUCAUCGGUCUCGAUGGGGCCAUGUCGAAGGUCCGCCGCUGCCUUUUACCUCGAGAGGGCAGCAUGGACACGCUUCCGUUUGCCUUGAUGAACUUCAACGCCUCGUAUACCGCCGAGCAAGCACAGUUCAUCAAAGAUCGCCUCCAUCCACUGGUAGACAUUGCAAUCCACCCUGCAGGUCAUUACAUCCGCGCGAACGUGCUCGACAUGCCGGAUGAGAAGGACGCAAGUACCUGGACAUUCCAGAUACUCUCAACGUGGCCGCUGAAGUAUGUCGAAGACCACGAUAACGAAACGGAUCGACUGGAGCGCCUCAAAGCGCACGUCAAGAGAGACGGGUGGGCAGAGCCAUACAAAAGCGCCAUCGAAUGGAUACCGGAGGGCACACCAGUAUUGCGCGACCAACUGAAGAUAUGGAAGACGGUUCCUUGGGACAACCAAGACGGACGAGUGACGCUGUGCGGCGAUGCUGCGCACGCUAUGACCUUUCAUCGUGGGCAAGGCGCCAACAAUGCCUUCUACUCCGCGCAUUGCCUCGUCGAAGCGCUGAAAAGCGUACAGAGCGGGAGCGCAACUCUCAAAGAUGCGGUCACGGCUUACGAUGAGAGCAUUUGGAAACGCGGCGCAAACGAAGUUCAGAUCUCGAAGGCGCAAACGUUCUUCACCCACGAUGGGUUGGACAACUUUAUCAAUAGCCCCGUCAUGCAGUUAGGGACGAAACCAAGUCAUGCUGCGAAGACAGAGGGGUAUCAGUAG